AUGCCCCUAACUUCCUCAGAUCAACUCAUUGCCAACUCGGAAGCCGCGAUGAACUCAACGCGCACAAACCGCGCCAGCAUCGAGGACACCUCGAACCUCGACCACCUCGAAACAUCCAAGUCCACCGCGUCGGCUAAAUCAGCCCUCAUCUCAUCACAUAGCCUCCUUCUCGAUCUCCCAGCCGAGCUCCGAGAAAAUAUAUACGCCUACGUCUUCGGCCCAUCCCCCCGCGCAUCCAGCGCCAGCAAAGAGACGAGCGUCCAGGCUUCAGUGCGCGACUUCUCGACUCCUUCCCGCUAUUAUCCCGGAUAUGCAAUCAUCGGUCUACCCAAAUGGUUGCUAGCCAACAAACAGAUCCAUGCCGAAGCGAUGAAUGUGUUCCGCCGAUGGCGUACGUUCGUGUUCGAUGACCCGAUACCUGUGAUGGAAGAUUUAACUUUGUUGGACGAACAGCGGGCACUACCUGCUUUCAACAGUGUGACCUACGGUGGCAGCGCCAGCAUUGAUCGCGUUGUGUUCCAGCCUGGUCGUACUGUGCAGUUUAAACUGCACUGGCCUGUUCGUCCCAAGUACACGCGACGCGAGAUUGAAGGAGGUGAGACCGGCGGUUAG